AUGCAGGCUCCGGUGGUGGUUAUGAACACCCAAACUGGUGAACGCCAGUUUGGACGUAAAGCACAGCUCUCGAAUAUCACCGCAGCCAAAACUGUUGCGGACAUAAUUCGAUCAUGUCUUGGCCCCAAGGCCAUGUUGAAGAUGUUGCUAGAUCCAAUGGGCGGCAUCGUACUCACAAAUGACGGUCAUGCCAUUUUAAGAGAAAUUGAAGUCGGGCAUCCUGCAGCUAAAAGCAUGAUCGAACUCAGCCGGACACAAGAUGAAGAAGUUGGAGACGGCACAACGACCGUGAUCAUAUUAGCUGGAGAAAUCCUCGCACAAGCCCUACCCCAGCUUGAGCGUAAUAUCCACCCGGUCGUGAUCAUCUCAGCCUUUAAGCGAGCUUUGAGCGAUGCUCUCGAGCUUAUUAAUGAAGUCGCCCGACCAGUGGAUGUCAGUGAUGACAAGGCCAUGUAUACUCUCAUAAACGCAUCUAUCGGUACGAAAUUCGUUUCAAGGUGGUCUGAGCUCAUGUGUAGCCUGGCAUUGAAGGCUGUUCGCACAGUUCAGUUCGACAUCGGUGGUGGCAAGCAAGAGGUAGACAUCAAGCGAUACGCCCGUGUGGAAAAGAUACCCGGAGGUGAAAUUGAAGACAGCAAGGUUCUGGACGGAGUGAUGGUCAACAAGGAUAUCACGCAUCCGAAGAUGCGAAGGAGGAUAGAGAAUCCUCGCAUUGUUCUCCUCGAUUGCACGCUUGAGUACAAGAAGGGAGAAUCGCAGACCAACGUCGAAAUAAGCAAAGAAGAAGACUGGAACAGAAUACUUCAGAUUGAGGAGGAGCAGGUCAAAGCCAUGUGCGACUCAAUCCUAGCCGUCAAGCCCGACCUCGUUAUCACAGAGAAGGGCGUGAGCGACCUUGCCCAGCAUUUCCUCGUCAAGAACAACGUCACCGCCCUCCGCCGCGUUCGCAAAACCGACAAUAACCGCAUUGCUCGUGCCUGCGGCGCCACCAUCGUCAACAACGUCCACUCCAUACAACCCUCGGACGUCGGGACCCACUGCGGCCUCUUCGAGAUCGAGAAGAUCGGCGACGAAUACUUCACAUUCCUCACCAAAUGCAAGGACCCAAAGGCCUGCACAAUCCUCCUCCGCGGUCCGUCCAAGGACAUCCUGAACGAAGUCGAGCGCAACCUGCAAGACGCCAUGGGCGUCGCCCGCAACGUGAUCUGGAACCCGUCCCUAUGCCCCGGCGGUGGCGCGACCGAGAUGGCCGUCGCAGUCGGUCUGGAGCGGCGCGCAAAGAGCGUAGAAGGUGUUGCACAGUGGCCCUACCGUGCCGUCGCCGAGGCCAUGGAGGUUAUUCCCAGGACCCUGAUUCAGAACUCUGGUAACUCGCCGAUUCGGGUGCUGACACAACUGCGUGCAAAGCACGCCGAGGGCAAUGGCAGUACGUGGGGCAUUGACGGCGAUGCUGGUAAGGUGGUCGACAUGAAAGAGUAUGGCGUUUGGGAGCCUAAGGCUGUGAAGGAGCAGAGCAUCAAGACUGCAGUGGAGAGCGCGUGCUUGUUGCUAAGAGUCGAUGAUAUCGUUGCUGCGAAAGCGGCGAAGCAGGCAUCUGGGCCUAUCGGGCAGGGCGGUGAUGAUUAA